AUGUGUUCUGGAGGUGAACAAAACAUUUUGGAUACGAUGUUGAGUGCAAUUGUCAGUAAGAAAAAUUGCAUGGACUCACAAAGUCGCCUUGAGUCAAAGAUUCUGGCUGACGAAACUGUACAGAAACUCCGCGAGCUGGAGGAGUCUGGUGCCAUCAUAGACGACGAUACUAAAUAUCGCGUCCUUCAGCACAAAGCUUCCUUUUAUGCCUUGGAAGGACAAUGGGAGAAAAAUUACAAAGCAUUACUAGAACUUGAGAAAUUGAGACUAAGUGAUAGUUGUUUUGUAGAGCUUCAGCUUUUGACAGGAAGAGCAGAAAACUUCGUGUCUUCUUGUAAUUACAAACCAGUUAUGAAACGUUAUCAGAAUGCCUUGGAGCGUGCCAGGAGAAUAAAUCCUCCAGAUAAGCCCCUGCUGUUACGUGUUCUUCAGUACAUCGCUUGUCAUCUCCACAACGAGGGAAAGCUUGGCGAGGCUAAGCCCUAUGCUGACGAAAUGGUGGAGAUAAGCAGUUCAAUGCCACAUGAGUCUGAUUUGUACUUAAGAGGAAUGACCGCCGCUCUUAGUAUACUCAGCCAUUUUGAGACGCAGAAGUCGGAAGACAUGCUGCUGAAUAUCCUGAAAGAGAAAUGGCCUCAGAUACACAAGAGCGUGAUUAACGGUCGCUUGGAAACAAAUGCAACCACCAUCGAGGAUGGAAGCAGUGCCCACGCAUGCGACGUUUUAGAUGAUCUGAUUGAUUGCAUGAGAAUUUCAAUGAAAACAAAAAAGGAAGCCGAGGUGCUUUCUCCAUAAAGAGAGGAAACAUUUUCUUGACAGUAGCACAGAUCUCAUUGGAAAUUCGGAAGAAAUGUUUUGGUGAGGUUCAUCCACAGCUAGUUGGAAAUUAUAAUGAUUUGAAAGAAGCAUACGAGUUCUUAGGAAAUAGUGUGAAUGCAAAGGAAUGCUGUGAGUUGCUGAAGCAGUGCCUGACACUAACAACAAUGCAAGCCAACCACGGCUUGCCGCCAAUUGAUACCAACAUGUACUUUUCCAGAAGACUGAAAGAUGAUGGAAAUAGAUUGUUCAAGGCGGAGGAUUAUUUAGGCGCACAUAAACAUUAUAGUCAAGGUUUAAUUCUAUCACCAAACGAUGCCAAGUUGCUGAGUAAUAGGGCUGCAACAAAUGUAAAACUAUCGGAGAAGCAAUGCUCAGUGGAACAUAGACAGAAAUACCUUCGAGAAGCCUUGCAUGAUUCACAGAAUGCAAUUUCAGCAGACCCCUCUUGGGUGAAAGGGUAUUAUUGGAAGGCUGUCUGCCUUGCUCAUCUUGGCGAACGAGGUCCUUCACUUGCGGCAGCUGCUGUUACUCAGAAUCUGUUUCCGUCGAAAUGCCCAGAUAUUCCAGUUGUGGUUAGUCGCUUUGGAUCUUGUAACGUACAGAUCGUGAACUCAAUGCAGGACCUUCACACCGCAACUGAGAAAACAAACGUCCCGAAUCUAGUGAUUGUAAUAAAAGAAGGAAGGUACCAGCUUCCAGAGCCCUUGGCUAUUCCCGAAAAUUGUGUUGUUGUUGGUCUUGGCGACGUCCAAGUUAUGUGCUCUAAAGGUGUUCCAUUAAAGAUUGAUCCAACCAUUUACAUGGAGAACAUUGUACUUACGCCGACAGAGGAGUCCAUUCAAAGACUUAUAGAAAAGGCAAAAUUAUGUCUCGAAGGUGGCCAUAUUAAUACAGCUUUGGGAUUGUAUAAAGAAGCUCUUGUUUCAUGUCCAAACCAUCCAAAUAUUCUCACCAGCAGGGCUUUAGCCUACUUAAAAUCUGCUCAACAACAACAAUUUAUUUCGUCCAAGAAGAGGUCUUUAUUACAACUUGCACUAAACGAUGCAGAUGCUGCCAUCAAGGCCGACCCUUCCUGGCUGCUUGGUUACCACACCAAAGCAGUAGCCUUAUCAGAACUUGACAGAAAGCCGGAAGCACUGGCCACUGCCGCAGUGUUUAAACACCUAAGCCGAGGUCGGGAUGUGUCGGAAGUUAUUCAGCACUAUGGAGAGCUUCAAGUCCACGUUGUUGAAAGGUCGGACCAGCUGCAGUGUGUUUUUGAAAAUGCCAAGAAACUGAGGGGGAAGGAUCAGAUCAUCUUGAUAAAAGAAGGGAAAUAUGUUUUAGAGAGAAGUAUGGACAUAACACAACAGUCUGUGAUCAUUGGUCACGGGAAAGUAUCAAUAGAAUGCAGGACUGGACCACCUUUUCGCUUUCUGGUAGCAUGUUAUGUAGAAAAUGUAGAAAUGCCUGGGGACUGUGUCAGUAAUCAGGAAUUACAUGACUGCAGAUCAAAUGAGACUGCUUCAGAAGUGAUUCGACUCGCCACACCCUCAGACAAGGACCACAUAAGUGAUGAAUGUAAAGUGAACUAA